UCAUUUCUAGUGAGAAGUCCAUCUCCACCUGUGGCUCUUAAGGAGCGUGAGAAGCUUAAUCUCAUGGCCUUCCCUCCUAAGCUGGUGGUGGAGCAGUUUACCAUGAUGGAUGCGGAGCUCUUCCAGAAGGUGGUGUCCUCUCCGUGUCUGGGCUCCACCUGGGGCAAGAGGAACAAGCCCGGCAAUGAGCACCAGACACCCAACUUCCAGGCCACCGUCGACCACGUCAGAAGGGUGGCCAGCUUCGUCAUCAUCCCCUGCCUCGGGGACCCGAGCAAGACAGCCCAGGACAGGGUGAGGGUGGUGGAGCGCUGGAUCCAGGUGGCCCAGGUGUGCUGUGGGAGGCCCAGUGGAGCCCCUCUCUGAAGCCUUGGGAACUGCCUCUCCACAUUUAUCAGCUCCCAGGAUUGCAGUGUGUGGUCUAAGCCCCUGCACAGUCCCUAGGACCUUCCUGCCAGG